UUUUUAAAGUUAAAAUGACGUUCUUUUGAUUUCAUAGCACUUCGAUGCUCGCUGUAAAUCGUUAAGUACUUUUUACUUUCAAAUAGUUUCUAGUGUCUCUUAUAUUUAAAACCUAUAUUAUUAAUAAAUUCAUAAUAUUUUUUGGCUAAUAGUUAUUUAAGUUAUGUCUAUAGAUUCGGAUUCAGAUCAUAGUUUUGGUGACUGGGUAGAAAAUGGACCUAGUUCAGUAAAAUGUUUAUUUUGUGAACAGUUAUACGACGAUGUUUCUGAAGCAAUGGUGCACUGUGCUAAAGACCACAAUUUUGACUUUUCAGCAGUAAAGCGAAAAUAUAAUAUGGACUUUUAUUCAUAUAUAAAAUGUGUAAAUUAUAUAAGGUUACAAAUACAAAAUGAACAUUUUAAUCCAAGUCAAAUUUUUGAAACUGAGUCUCAACCCUGGACUGAUGAGAAGUACUUGAAUCCAGUAAUAAAAGAUGAUCCUUGGUUAAUGAUAGAUAUUGAUGAUGUUAUUGAAGACGAUAAAGAAACAGAAUCUGGGUUUACUGUGAAUUUUGAAAAUAAUCAAUUUACGUUAUCUUCAGAACAUUUUAGCCAUAUACAAAAGAAAAUACAAACUGUUACAAAACAGUUAGAAUUAAAAGAAAAGGAGCUCGCUGAUGCUCAUGAGCAAAUUAUUCAAAUGAAGAAUACUUUGACAAAAGUUUUAUCAACUAAAACAGAAGAUUCAAUAAACACAGCAUCGUCUAUAAACUUAGAAGAUGAUCAAAGCUAUUUUGGUUCUUAUUCGUCAGUCGAUAUACAUUUUGAAAUGCUUAAGGACAAAGUAAGAACUCAAAGUUAUUGUUCAGCUAUACUACUCAAUGCACCCAAAUUUGCUGGAAAAACUGUGUUGGAUUUAGGAACGGGUAGUGGAAUAUUAUCUAUGUUUAUGGCUAAAGCACGAGCAGCCAAAGUUUUUGCUGUUGAUGAAGCUGAUAUUAUGUAUAAUGCAAUAGAUAAUUUCAGGGAAAAUGGAUUUGAAAGUAUUAUUGUACCAAUUAAAGGGAGAAUUGAAGAUGUUACUUUACCAGUUGAAAAAGUUGAUGUUAUCGUUUCCGAGUGGAUGGGGUAUUUCUUACUCUUUGAAUCCAUGUUGGAUAGUCUAAUAUUUGCCCGUAAUAAGUUUUUGAAUAAAGGCGGCGUUAUUUUACCUAAUGAGUGUAAUUUAUUCAUCAGUGGUGUUAGUGAUACUGAAAAAUACAAUGAAGUAUUGGGCUUUUGGUCAGACGUGUAUGGCUUUCAUAUGCCAUCGCUGAAAACUGAAACUCUAAACAAGGCACAUAUAGAUAUUGUACCUGCAGAUUGUAUUGUUACCGAAGAAGUUAAACUUUGUACUUUCAAUAUGUAUACAUGUGAUACAAAUUCUACCAAUUUUAAAGUCCAAUUUCAACUAAACAUCACUAAAACUUGUCCGUUGACAAGCAUUGUUGGGUAUUUUGACUCAAUAUUUGAGAAUGAAAAUUCUAUUACCAUGUCCACGGCACCACAAAGUAUUCCCACACAUUGGAAACAGACAGUUUUUCUUCUACCUGAUCCAAUUAACGUGACUAAAGGUGAUAUACUGGAUGGAGAAUUCCAGUGUAUAAGAAAUAUAAAACAAGUAAGGUCAUUGAUUGCAACAAUUUCCAUUAAUAAUAAGACAUAUUCUUAUAAUAUAUCAUAAGUAAAAUAUGUAUCAUUAGAGUACUUCUUUAUAUAAUAUAUUAUUUUGUUAACUACAAAAAUAAAAAUUUAUAUAUAUGGCCUAUUUUUGUUAGCCAAAAAAAAAAAA